UGUUCGACCGAAUCUUGUUCUAAUUUUCAGUUCGUUAACCUUUUUUUUUAUUGAACAUCGGUCAAACAUGACUAUUACGGAUAUAAUUAUCUACAACAUAUUUCACUCACCAGAUAGCACUUUAUAGGAGGAGUCUGUAGUUACCCCGGACAGAGGGGAAGUCAGAUAAAAGGAUAAAAAUGCCCAAGAAAAGGUGAUUCCCACCUUAUCCUAUGAGGAUGGAGACUCUACGCCCUCGGCUGAAGUUCGGGAGCAAAGCAGAGGACGUGAAGUUGAGGAAACGGAGGUCCCUGCUUUACUCCAAGGAGGAGGGGAAGCUUUUAAACCACGGCCUACUGAGGGUGGCUGUCUUCAUUGUGUUCUUCAGACUGAUCAACUGUGUCCUGGUUCAGACCAGCUUUGUCCCUGAUGAGUACUGGCAGUCCUUGGAGGUGUCACACCGGAUGGUCUUUAACUAUGGCUACCUGACCUGGGAGUGGAAAGCAGGAAUCAGAGGAUUUGCUUAUCCUUUGUUUUUUGCAGUUCUAUACAAGAUAUUACACCUGCUAAACUACGACACAGUCUACCUCCUUAUUUGGCUUCCUCGAAUAGUUCAAGCUCUCCUGGCUGCAUUCGCUGAUGUUAAAUUCUUCUUACUCAUCCGAUCGCUAGAAACCGAGGAUGUUACGAGAUGGAUGCUCUUCUGCCACCUGUGUUCCUGGUUCACCUGGUUCUGCUGCACCAGGACUCUGACCAACACAACAGAGACCACCCUCACCUGUUUGGCUCUCUUUUACUUUCCUCUGCCAGGGUCUAAAUUAUCCAGCAGUAAAAUGUACCUGUCCCUGGUGGCUUUGGCAGUGGUCGUACGGCCGACAGCCCUGAUUGUCUGGUUCCCUCUGCUAAUGUACCAUUUCUGGCAUGAAGCGGACAAACUGAGACUCAUCACUCAUAGCUACGUUCCUAUAGGGAUGUUGGCGGUUCUAAUUUCAGCACUGAUCGACUGUCUCUUCUAUGAAAAGUGGACGCUGGUGCAGUUCAACUUCAUCAAGUUCAACAUUCUCCACGGCGUGGCCGGUUUCUACGGCUCCCACCCCUGGCACUGGUACUUCACCCAGGGCUUCCCCGUCAUCAUCGGUCCUCAUCUUCCCUUCUUUCUACAUGGAUGCAGCCUGGCCUUCAGGAAAUACAGAAUCCUGCUGGUCACGGUUCUGUGGACUGUUGCUGUGUACAGUUUGCUUCCUCACAAGGAGUUCAGGUUCAUCUACCCUGUGCUGCCAUUCUGUAUGAUCUUCUGUGGGAUAUCUUUGACUCGCCUCAAAGCGUGGAGACGUGCAGCUGCAGCUCUCCUUUUGGUGUCCAACCUGGCUCUGGCUCUGUACACCGGUCUGAUCCACCAGAGAGGUACUCUAGAUGUCAUGAGCCACCUUCAGACGCUUUGUGAGGUCAAUGGGGACGCUGUCAGCUCGCAGUCGGACGUCCUCUUCCUCAUGCCCUGUCACUCAACGCCAUUCUACAGCCACGUCCACUGUCCUCUGAAGAUGAGGUUUCUGGAAUGUCCCCCAGACCUUGGAGAGGAUGGCUACUUUGAAGAAGCUGCACAGUUCUACAACAAUCCUCUCCUCUGGCUCAGGACUUCUUUUCCAUACAAAUCCUCCCUGCCAACACAUCUGGUUUUAUUUGACGUCUUAGAAAAGGAAAUCUACACAUUUUUGCAGGGGAAUAACUUCACGAGGACAGCAGAGAUAUUUCACACUCAUGUUCCAGAGGGAAGACUUGGAGGAAACAUAUUUAUUUAUGAAAGGCACUGACAAAGCAGCAGAAACAAACACCAAUGAUGAAAAUAUUCUGUGACAAUGUAACGGUUUGCUCCUAUAAUAAAUAUUUUAAAUUUAA